UAUAGUUGUAGACAGGAAUGCUGUGAGUAUUGUGUAGCAACUGGUCGCCACACACUAUAACCAACACUAUUGAUUAGCUAGUCUGCUUAUGUCUGUAGUUCGACAGAUAGUGGUAUAUUAUUGUCAUAAUAAGAAGAAUUAAAUAUCAUGAUAAUCGGGUGUGUCGAUUUUGAAAUUAUUUUUAAACGUAUUAUUACAUAAUAUUAUGUUGUGAUGUGUGUUCAGUAAAAUACAAAUUUUAAACAUUCUUGGUGUAUCGUUUGUGUAUUAUUUUAAAAAUAUUCUUCUUCGUUUUUCAAUUAACAAAAAUGCAGUUUUUGUUUUGUUUUGUUUUGAUUAUUUUGUUUUUACACGAAUGUCUAUCAUUCAACGUACUGGCUUUUUUACCAACAAAAGCGCGUAGUCAUUAUGCUGCAUUCGAACCUUUACUAAAAGAACUAGCAGUUAGAGGACAUAAUGUUACUGUAUUAUCUCCAUUUCCACUGGAAAAUCCGCCGGCGACUUAUCAUCAUUUGCAAGUAGAACUUGAUGUUGACGAUUCAAUUGUAAAUCCAUUAAAUGCGGCCAAAACCAUCAAUACAUUAUUAAUUCCAUUUAAGACGUGGUCUAAAUGGCCGAGGUUCACGGAGAAAGUCAUCAGUAAACCUUCAGUACAAAAUCUGAUUCACUCAAAGGAUUUAAAUUUUGAUCUAGUUAUAUUUGAGAACUUCAACCACGAGUGUUUUGUUACUAUGGGACACAAAUUUCAAGCACCUGUUGUACAGAUUAUUCCAGCUGUCCCCAACGCUGGUACUGCACGAUGGCACGGCAAUCCAUACAUCGGAUCUUAUAUACCAGAAAUACUUUCUGGAUUAAGUGAUCAUAUGACGUUCGCGGAACGGUUGACGAAUACUGUCUUAACAUUAAUGCACACAACUCUGAGUUCAAUAUUUUAUCUACCCAAGCAGAGGGAUCUCAUGGACAAAUAUUUUAACUACACUGGAUGGGAAACGCGACCAUCAAUGGAUAGUAUGCUUAAAAAUGUAUCUUUAACUUUAUUAAAUACCCAUUUCUCCGUUGGAAUACCUAGACCGCUCGUGCCCACUUACGUAGACGUUGCAGGUAUGCAUCUUAAAUCGGCUUCUUCUCUUCCAAAGGAUUUGCAAGAUAUUAUGGAUAACUCCCCCGAAGGAGUCAUAUACUUUAGUUUUGGUUCAUUGAUAAGACUCUCUCAAUUACCAAAAGAUGAGUUGGAAAUAUUUAUUCGACAGUUUAGUUCAAUUAAACAGAAAGUAUUAUGGAAAUGGGAAUCAGAUGAACAUCCGAACUUUCCUCAAAAUGUAAUUACAAGAAAAUGGUUUCCACAAGCUGAUAUUUUAAGUCAUCCGAACUGUAUACUAUUUAUUACUCAUGGUGGAAUACACAGUACUGAAGAAGCCAUUUAUUUCGGUGUACCAAUGUUAGCCAUAUCAUUAUUUGGAGAUCAGUUGCAUAAUUCAUUAGUAAUGCAAGACAGGGGAGCUGCAAUACGUAUUAAAUAUUCUGAAUUUACUGAACAGAUAUUUGCAGACAGCUUGAAUAAAAUGCUGAACAACAAGUUAUACAAAGACAACGCAAUGAGACUGUCAAGCAUUUUUCACGAUCAACCGUUUAAGUCAUUGGAAAAAGCAAUAUACUGGAUCGAGUAUAUUGUACGACACAAUGGCGCUUAUCACUUAAAAAGUGAAGCGAGUGAAUUAAUCUGGUAUGAAUUCCUAUUGCUUGAUGGCUUGUUCCUAGUGAUCAUUGUUAGAAUAAUUAUUACUGUUCUAAUGUGGAAAGUAGGGAAAAAAUUAAUAAAUAAAUUUUGGAAAAAAAAAACGGACUAAAAUAAAAAAUUGAUGUACUGAUGUUAUUUGAUUUUUUAAGAAUGUUAACUUUAUUUUUUAUACUAUUGAAGAAACAUUUUUUUUUCAUUAUUUAAUUUGAUAAAAGAAAUUGUAUAUAACUUUUAAGAAAUAGUGUUGUAUUCGAGAAGAUUACCUUCUGAAGAUACAGAAAUGUACUUUCAUCAUCUAUGUUUUUUAAAAUGCUCUAUUUUAUUAUUGGGCUGAAAAAGACAUUUUUAUUUUAUUACUAAAUGUAUUAAUUGUAAGAUUAAUAGGUAUAAUUGUAUCAUAUUUAAGGGAUACCAACAUUUUUUGAUGACGGUGUCCUUUUUGGGCCUAAAUUCGGCUGUGUUGUUUCUGCUUUAUAUUGUCUGACAUUAUAAAAAAAAAUAUUAUAUAAUAUUAUUAAUUAUAAUUAAUAAAACCUAUUGUAGUUGUCAGGAUGGAAGGGACGGUUUAAAAUACAUUUAUAUAUUUUUCUUUUGAUUCUUUUUGAUUCUUUUUACCCCAUAAUUCAUAAUGAUUUAAUUUUGGUUUUAAUAUUAAUGGAUGGAAUAAUUGUUUUUUUUAAUUCGAAUAUUGUAGUUAAUAAUAUCUAUUGUGGUAUUUUUUAAAUGAUAUUCGUUUGGUUGUUUCUUGUUACACAGCUAAAUAUUUUAUGUGCUUUAAAAAUAUAUUAAUUAACUUAAAUAUUUUUUAUUAUAUUUGUCAUCGUUGCUAUCAUUUUUGGGUUAGGUUAAAAUAUAUUUUGUCACAGCCUUCAGGUUAGGGUACCUUAUCCAGUUUAAAAGUAUACAAUUUAAUGUACUCGAGCAUGCAAUGAGAUAAGGUAUAAAGGUCACCAAUAUUUAUUGCGUUGUUACCUAUAGAAAUAAUAAUAAUAAUAAUAAACACAGAAAAUUAAACUUAUAAAUUAGUAACCGACGCCGCGCCGAUAUUAUUUAAUUUAGUUAUUCUACCAAUUAAAUUAAAUGACUUGAUCGAUAACUUGGCUAAUUGCUUUGAAACUUAAAAUAUAUUACAACUAUUUACUAUAUUUCAAUAUAAUAAAAAAUUAAUAUUUUUGUUAGAGUAAAUUUGUUAAAUUCCAAACAAUUACCUAGCUUCCGACUAUUCCAGUUUUAAUUCGUCGAGAAUCCUCUUCCACCAGUAAGACUUUUCCCCUUCAUUUUAAAUCUACAUAUCAUGUACAAUUUUUAAAUACUAACUUAAGGUUUUUUUAUUAAAAAUAAUGAGUUAAUCUUAAUAUAAGAGUGUUAGACUUGUGUAUAAUUUUGUUAAUUAUUUGUAUAUUGCUUUAAAUAUUAAGUAUCUGGUAUGAUGAUCAUUAUCUUAUUAAUACUAAUUUUAGAUAAAAUGUGUAGAUAUAUUUAUUAAUUAAAAAUGUUCGAUGAAAAAUGUAUUGAAAUUUCUAAAGCGAAUGAAAAAAUCUAAAAAAUUCAAAAACAAAAAAUUGAAUUUCAUAAGUUAUAAACACAUUUUUGUUUGUACUUUAUUUCAAUUUACUAUAAUAUAACUAUGUACAAUCAUACAAAUUACCAUAUUAUAUAAUUUAUUAAUUAAUAAAUAAUAUUGCAUUUUUCAAAACUUAAAAAAUGUAAUUUAAAUUAUUUUUUUGUAAACCGGGGUUUUGAAAGUGACACCCCUACAGGCUUUAUUUGAAUUUAUUAACAAUUAUGUUAUGAAUGAUGUUAUAAAUAUUUACUAUGAUGUAGAAGUGUAAAACGUAUUUAUAAAGUAGGUUUUAGUUUCAGUACUUAUGGAAUGUAUGUUUAACAAAUAAAAUUACUUGAUCAACGCUAGGAUUCAUUGACUUCCGUAAACACCUAGAGUGCGCUAUAUGUAUA